GAAUAAGUUCUUCAGUAAAGGCAAUUUCAAAAUGGCAUUCAAAUUUGUUCUGUUAGCCACCUUGGUCGCAGCUGCCAGCGCUGGAUUGAUUCCAGAGCAUGGAUACGCUUCUUCACAUCAGUCAAUCCAACAUCACCAUGCCGCUCCAGUUCAUCACUUGGCUGCUAUUCAAGCUGCUCCGGUGCAUCAUGUGGCUGCAAUUCACGCCGCACCUGUCCACCACACCAUCGUAAAAGAAGUUGAGCAACACGCCCCGGCUAAUUACGAAUUCUCCUACGCAGUCCAUGAUGAACACACCGGAGACAUCAAGAGCCAACAUGAGACACGCCACGGAGAUGAGGUCCACGGACAGUACAGUCUGAUUGAUUCUGAUGGACAUCAGCGCAUUGUUGACUACCACGCCGAUCAUCACUCCGGAUUCAAUGCUGUCGUUCGUCGGGAGCCAACGCACGUGAAGAUCGCCCAGCCAGUGCACAAAGUCAUUGCCCAGCCAGUGCAUAUUGCUUCUCAUGCUGUCGCUCCAGUGCAUCAUGCCACCAUCUCGCACCAGGCAGCACCAAUUGCGCAUAUCUCCCACAUUGCCGCCCCAAUUUCGCAUCAUGGUCUCUCGCUCAAUAGCCAUCAUUAUUAAACAGGUACUUCUCUUAGCAAGACAACUUAGAUAAUGAAAUAGGCGAUUCGUUCCGUGUUGUAUAAUAGUACAAAUAUAUUUGAUGUAUACAU